AUGUCAGAGUUCACCUUAAAGAGGAUCARUGCAGCCAUAAACAACUUUAAAAAUGGUGGUCACCGGGUGCUAUAUAUCCAAGAUCUUUCUUUGGAAGUCAGCCAUGGGCAAAUGCCCCAAUCGGAAGACUACAUAUCACCACCAAUCAUGAUAUGGGAUGUUCUCCGAAGCUAUAGUAAUGUGGUAAAAGAUAUAAAUUGUCAUAUUUGUAAAGCCAAGAACGUGUUGUCGAAACUUAGAAUAGCGGGACUAUGGGCAGAUGGUUGUACGUCUUCAUAUUCUCCAAGAGUUAUCUACGAUACAUCSACAUUUAUUCUUCUGGUUUCAUCUAUUUACGUUUGCAAACAUAAUCAUCGAGUUCCCUCACACCACCCCACCGUUCUUUCUGCACUUCCUUGUAAUGCAUUUGUUCCGUUUUAUUUGACAAAUCGUGCAGGAUUUACGUCUAAUCUGUUGGAACAGAUAUSUUCUUUAGUCGAUCACGGUAUGAGUUUUCUAGCUAUCGAAGAAAUUGUUGAAAAUCAAUACUUUUAUACCUACAGUAUAUGCAAAGGGAUAUAUCUACGGGAUAAAGAAGUACAAGAGAAACGGUCCACUUCCUCCAACAGCUUAUUUCCAGAAUUCAUACAGGAAGUAUUCCCAUUUCCACAUGAGAAAAGCAUAAGGAAUGCCUUCUUAGCUUACUCUUCAAUGUUUGAGGAACAUUAUAAUAUAAACAUGUCAGAACGUACUUCACAAUGGUUAUGCUGUGAUCACACAUAUAAGAGURCUGCCAAUAUUGGUCAAUAUAGAGGAAGUGAUGAUCGCUGGAUAAAGCUCUUCAAGUGUAUAUUUUGUGUACUUGGUAUUGAAGGUGAUAUCCUCCAUUGGCAAUUCACACACGGAGAAUCCUUUGAUGAAGUGAGACAUGUUUUUAAAGAACUGAAAAGCCGUUUGGAAUAUAAGAGAGUUGCAGUAAAUGGAAUUAUAAUAGACAAUUGCUGCAAAUGGAAAGGGAUGCUUUCUGGCGAGUUCCCAAAUGUCCCAGUUAAACUGGAUCUAUUUCAUGCUGUGCAGCGUUUUACAAAGAUGUUAAGUKCGAGUAUUAGAAUGAACAGUGGUGUUUCAAAGGAUUAUGCGAUGAUAUUCAGACAAUCAACGGAUUUAGGUGAGAAGAGACAACAAUGCACAKCUAAUAUCAGCACAAUUUUAAUUAAUCUUCACAACUUCAUUAAAAAAUGGAAAGAAGUUAAGUGGAAUGGUGAAAACAUACUGGGUCCUGGAGCACACAAGGCAAUUUCAAAUUUAAAGAUACACAUUGAAAAGGGUUGCCUUAGUGGAAUUCCUCCACAUUGCUCUACUUCUGGAAAUGAAAGGCUCCAUAGAACAAUGAACGCUAUAUUACAAACAAAUAAAAUAAGCCUUGAUAUGGCAUAUCAAAGAUGCAGUAGGCUUUUUUUCAAAUGUAACAAUGGUAAAAACAAUUGUUAUGACAAGCUUUUCUCACAAUUAGGUGGAAUGGACAGUAAAAAUGGUAAAUUUGCUAAGCAAAACUUUGGAAUUAAAAAGGAAGAAAUCACAGUUAAUGGAAAUCAAUCAAAUACACCUGGAUCAUUGGAUGCAGGAGGGCUUUUUACUUGCAGCUCGAUAAAAGAAUUAACCUCUGAUAAAUUGACAGUAAUAAGAACUGUUAUUUUAAAUGAGUUGACUCCUAAAGAUCAUGAUCACGACUACGUUACAAAUCCUUCACAAAAAUGUCACAAUCUGGAAGUGACAUUGGAUGCACUCAACUUUUUUCAAAUGUAUAUGGGACUGCUCGGAGUAGGCUGCUCUAAAUUUGUUUCAAAAAGUAAAUUGCCUUCAUCUCUAGGAAUUGGUACUCUUUCAGCAAAGAAGAUGGAAACUAUUCAUCUAACAAUAAGUGAAGAAUCAUUGGACAGGCAUAUAGACUCUCUCAAUGGACAUUUAAAGAGUUUUGGCUUGUCUUCUGUGCCUGUAGCGGGUGAUGGGAAUUGUUUUUUUUAUGCUGUUGCCUUUCAUUUGUCCAACAUAUUGCAUUCUCCAGAUGCUAACAGCGAUGUUAUUGCAUAUCUUAGUAGCCUUGGAAUAACUCCAAAUACAAGCAAUCWUGGUAUUUCGAUGCUACUUAGAAAACUCCUUGUGGAAGAGUGGAGGGGAGAUCGUAAGGAUAACUAUGUCCAGUUCUURCCAUCCACUGUGAACUUCAAUGAAGAAGUUACAAAUUAUGAAAGUGCUCACUAUUUUGGAGGAACUCUUGGUGACCUUAUGCCUAUAGCAAUGGCAAAUGUACUUAACAUUCCCUUAACAAUUAUUUCAUYGCUGUCACACACACCCAUAUUUAGUGUUUGUCCAGACAGAAGUAUUCCAAAUGCUAGGCCAAUCUUUCUAGCAUAUAACUCAUUUGGACCAGGGCAUUAUGAUGCAGCAGUUCUAAACGAACCAUUAAAUGAUAACUCCCAAGGCACAUUGCAACCUGUUCUGCCCRUUAAUGAAAGCCCCAUCAGUGCUGAGCCUGACAAUCUAGAUGAAACCAUCAAUAGAAAGGAAGAGCUGAUAGUGAAACAGACCAGUCUUGGAUGUAGAUGUGGAAGCACCCCCCAAAAAACGCACAAGACAAGAAAGCAUUAUUUUAGCAGAAAUCGAUGCAGAUGUAUUUUAAACAAAAAACAAUGCAAUCGGCUGUGCAAGUGUGCAGGUUUUUGUGGAGGGAUGAAGUGCAAAAAGUACAUCAUAUCAAAAGGCAAAGCUAUAACAAAAGAGAAGAGAGAGAAAUAUAUUCUCCAACAAUUCAAUAAAUCUUCAUUAUGCCAAGAUAUGUUAAAUGGAAGUAUUCUCAACUUGAAAUUUGUUUCCUUUGCGCUAUCAUACAAAAUCUGAAAAAAACGAUGAAAAAUUAUGAAGCUAAAGACGUAUUACUAACUUACAAUCAGAUUUUGGAUUGCCUACACGAGUUAGGUGUCUUUCUACCACUCUGCAGGCACAGCCUGCAAAGGAUAACUAGAGAAAUAAAUAAAUUAGAAAAAGACAUGUAGGGAGUUAACGAGAUAAUGGAGUACAAACACUAAAAGCGUGCAACACAUUACACUAUUUAUUACAAAAUAGUCCUGAUU